AUGGUGGGUGCAGCCGCAGUUGAUGUUGAAACCGUCCAAACGGAGAAAGCUAGGCCGGCAGUACAAGCCAGUGGCGAUCGAGCGGUCGUGUUGAUGGAUCUAGAGAAUGGAAUGGUAGGGUGGGAAAGUGCAGAAGAUCCGGAGAACCCUCAGAACUGGACAUGGGGCAAGAAAUGGACACUCAUGCUUUGGGUGGGGGCCAUGUCCACGUUCUCGCCCAUGGCAUCCUCAUUGUGCGCGCCUGGAACGUCCUUAACAUUAGAAGAAUACGACCUCGAAUCCAAGACCCUCGGAACGCUCAUGAUCUCAAUAUACGUCCUGGGAUACGCAGUCGGUCCUCUUUUCCUCGCACCGUUGUCCGAGAUGUACGGCAGAACUCUCGUUAUCAAUACAUCCGGCGCGUUCUUCAACGCUUUCCUGCUCGGAUGCUCGUUUGCCCCGGACAUGACGAGCCUGAUUAUCAUGCGACUUCUAGCCGGGAUCGGCGGGUCAGCGGUCAUGACAAUAGUGUCAGCCGUUAUAGGAGACGUUUUUCAAGUGCAUGAGCGUGCAGCAGCAUCAUGCAUCGUCAUUGGUACUCCUUCUUUGGCGCCAAUCGUUGGGCCCAUUGCCGGAGGGUUCAUUUCAGAAUACCUGGGUUGGAGAUGGGCGUAUUGGAUAUUGGUAAUGGCCAGUGGUCCGCUGAAUAUUUUCAUGAUAUUGUUCAUGCAAGAGUCGAAUCAUCCGACUAUUCUGGAGAAGAAGACGAAGCGGCUGAGAAAGCAACUUGGACGAGACGAUCUGCAUUCUCACUUGGAGAUGCGAUUACCGCCCCGCGAGGUGCUUGCUCGGAGUAUUGUGCGCCCAAUCAAGUUUCUCUUCAGGUCCCCGAUCGCUUUCCUCGUCUCGCUAUAUGUCAGUGUUGUUUACGGGACAUUAUACCUUCUCUUCACUACAAUACCAGAUGUCUUUCAAAAUACCUACCAUUUCGAUCUUCAAUAUACGGGGCUCGCAUAUAUUGGCCUUGGCCUCGGCAUGUUCAUAGCCCUCGGCCUCAUUAUGAAGUACAACGACCGUACCGUCGUCCGCAUGCGCGAAAAGAACAAUGGCGUCUUCGAGCCGGAAAUGCGCCUCGCAACAACUAUGUACUUCGCACCCUUCAUGCCCCUCGCGCUCUUCAUCUACGGCUGGACUGCCCGCGCCUCCAUCCACUGGAUCGUCCCCUGCCUCUCCUUCAUCCCCUAUGGCUUCGGUCUCCUUGGCAUCUUCGUGCCCUGCCAGACAUACAUGGUUGAUGCGUUCUUGGACACGGCUGCAUCGGCGGUGGCUGCUUUGGUGUGCUUGAGAUGUGUUUUUGGGGCGCUGCUGCCGCUGGUGGGACCGAGUGCGUAUGAGAAACUGGGAUUGGGAUGGGGGAACUCGGUGCUAGGGUUUAUUACGUUGGCGGUUACGCCGGUGCCCUUUGCGUUCUUGAAGUGGGGUGGAUGGAUUAGGAAGAGGUAUCCGGUAGUAGUAUAA